GUACACUCCAAAGUCCAAACCAAAAAUAAAAGUGUGAUAGAAACUAAUAAUUCCCCCCACACCCUCUUUGUUUUAUCCCCCCAUAUAUAUACAACAAUUGUGUCUCCUUCCUCUUUAUAGUUAACUAUGGAAGAUGAGAAAGUACACAUAAUGAAAGACUCCAAUUACGUGCAAUAUCAAGAAGAAGAAGAGGAAGAGGAAGAGGAGGCUCUCUCGCUCUCUGAUCUUCCACUUAACCGCAAUUCCAGAACUCCCAGCCUCGAUGACGCCUCGUUUAACAAAAUUCUCCGACCCUCCUCGUUACCGGAUCAUGCCGCCGAGAUUUUCAACGGCUUCAGCAGCACCAGCAGCUCCGACAUGUGUCCCGCCGAUGACAUCAUUUUCUGCGGCAGACUCGUCCCAUUCAAAGCCCACCCGCCGCUCACAACCUUCGCCCUCGUCGACCAACUCCAAUCUCCCGCGCGCCGCCGGAGAUCGGACUCGCUCUCCUCCGUCACGCGAUCCAACAGUGUCAGCACGUGCACCGGCGGGGGCUCGCGCCGCCUCAUGAUGAGGAACAGCAAGAGCUUGGACUACAGCAGGCUGCGCGAGCCCGCGGCGCCGGAGGUGGAGCGGAAUUCCUCGGCCAGGAGCGGCGGCGUGGCGGCGGAGGCGAAGAAGGCGACGAAGCCGCGGUGGUACUCGCUGAUGUUCGGGACGAUGAAGGUGCCGGCGGAGAUGGAGCUGAGCGACAUGAAGAACCGGCAGGUUCGGCGGAAUCCGUCGACGACGAUGUUCGUGGCGGCGGAGCCCGGCGGGAAGGUGGGCGGGAAGGUGUCGUGGAGAAUACUGAAGGCUCUGAGUUGCAAGGAUCACAACAGCGUGGCCGUAACGACGUCGUUUCCGAUGCCGCAAGCGUCGUAGGGUUAUAUUGACGCAUUUGCCCUUGUGGUUUUGGUGAAAAUAGUUAUACUAUAUGAUGAUUGUGUCGUUGCUUGAGCGAGUGGAAAUUAUAAUAUUGACUUCACGUAGAAGGGUACAUUGUGUUAUGUUAUGUGUAUAGUGGGGGACUCAGCAACCAAGUGGAUUAGAGGAUUUGUUUAUUUAUUUAUUUAAACUUUUUAUUUUGCUGAAUGCUGAGUUACUUUAUGUUCCUUAGGUUGGUGGCUAUUAAUUAUAGGAGUGAAUGACAAUCACGAGAAAUCCGACAUUCACACAAACAAUCGCUGCUCCUCCUUCUAUCUAUUAGCCCUUUACUAUUUUAUUUUCUCAACCAUUCUUUACACAUUACAGUAAUUAUUUUUAAAACAUAAUAUUACCACGUGGAUUGGGAUUUUGUUGUUUAAU